AUCAGUGACUGUGAUUUAAUGCCGAUAUUCCGUGAUAUCCAAAGACGAGCUCAAUGAACUGAAUCUAUGACAACUGUGUACACAAUUCACCUAGUCAGCUGGUGGUGUUUAUUUGGUAGGAGGGCCUGAAAAAUAGAAUGUUACUGUAAUAUUUGGAUCACCAUGCGGCUUGUGCAUGGUGACUGAUAAUGAUUAAUUUCACCGGCGCCUUUUGUUGUUAUGAUGCUGAAAAGCCUGCAGCGAUAUAUGUGUGCGUGGCUCAACAUGGACAGAUUUGUAGUAAACAGGAUACGUAUUUGACUGACCGGCUUUUGUAUUGACAUGGCUGUUAAACAGCAGUGAUGGCUGAGGAAACGAAUAAUGGAAUGAAAAAUAAUUAUACACCUGUACUUCAACUGCAAGGAAGCAAACUGCGGGGUGCUAGAGUAACCCAACUGAAAAAUCAUUUUGUCAUAAAGUACAAAGAAGAACCCGAAUUUUUUGUUCGUGUCCCGGGAAGGGUAAACCUUAUUGGAGAGCAUGUUGAUUAUUGUGGCUAUUCUGUCCUGCCAAUGGCAAUUCAGUAUGACAUAAUGCUGGCUGUAAAACCAGUAAGUGUCCCAAAACUGCAGCUCACAAAUACAGACUCCAGUCACAGUGAUUUUCAGUGUGAUGUAAAUUCUUUGAGCAUUGAAGUAAAGAAGGGAGUGUCACCACCGUGGCACAGUUAUUUCCUGUGCGGCCUGAAAGGUGUAUUGGAAGUGCUUCCUCAGGAUUCGGUGGGCAUGCUUGUUGCUGUGACAGGCAAUGUUCCUCUCAGUGCAGGCCUGUCCAGUUCUAGUGCCCUUGUUAGUGCAGCUGCCCUUGCAGCUGCACAUGCCAAUAUGCUGAAGAUGACUAAAUUGGAAAUCGCUUCUCUUAGUGCCUCAUCAGAACGAUACAUUGGUACCCAAGGAGGUGGGAUGGAUCAAGCAAUUGCAUUUCUAGGAACAAAAGGAUGUGCAAAACACAUACAGUUCAACCCGCUGCUGUCAGAGGAUGUGAAACUGCCAGAUGGCGCAGUGUUUGUGAUAGCACACUCCCUCGCCGUUCUCAACAAGGCCAAGACAUCUGAUUUCAACUGUCGAGUAGCGGAAUGUCACUUGGCAGCGCAGAUUAUGGCCAAGAAGCGUGGCCUGUCAUGGGAAAAAGUGUCUAGCCUGGCCGAUCUCCAGUCGGCAGUAAGCGCAAGUUUGGUUGAGAUGGUUGACCUUGUGAAAGAGUUGUUACAUGAAGAGCCAUACUCCAAGGAAGAGAUCUGCGGUGAGCUUGAGGUGAGCGAGGGGUUCCUGGACCAAUUGUCCCUCAGCAGCAACACAACUCACAUCAGCCACUUCAAACUUCAUCAGAGAGCUCUGCAUGUGUAUCAGGAAGCAAAUCGGGUCAGGGCUUUCCAAGAAGUAUGUCAAAAUGAAACGGUAUCAUCGCUUGCACUUAUGAAAUUGGGAGAACUGAUGCGGGAAAGCCAUGAGAGUCUGAAGAAUUUGUAUGAAUGCAGCCACCCAAAUUUGGACAAACUUGUGUAUCUGGGUGAAGGAAGGGCUCUUGGUUCACGACUUACAGGAGCUGGGUGGGGAGGUUGCAUAGUGGCCCUUACAACCAAGGACACUGUCAGUGAUUAUAUCAAUACAUUGAAGGAAAAAUUUUAUAAGGGAAACCCAGCAGCUGUUGGCAAAGACUUGGACAGCCUGGUGUUUGCAACCGAACCCAACACUGGAGCUGAAAUUUACAAGCUGGAACAGUGAACUUUGACUAACUGCCACAGUUUGAAGUAUAGCCAGUAUUUGAAUAAUUUUAAAAGUCAACUGUGCCAUUUUCAUCCACUGUUGUAUUGUCUGUUGAUCUGUACUGACAUAGUGGUGGCAAGGUAAUGAACUGCGGUAACAAGGAAGCAAGCACUCUGGACUGACAUACCAGUCUCCCGACACUCACUUGUUGUUUGGAGUUGUGUACCUUAUAGUUGAAGAAGCCUGUUAGAUUUUCUGCAGUCCUUGGAGAUGAUGAUAUCCUGUUGUUAUAAAUUCAUCCUUGUCAUUUUGAAAGCACUGUGACAUCCACAGUCAGCUUGCUGUGCCUACACAUGGACAUCUGAAUAAAGGUUUACAACACAGUGAUAAACAAAUUAUUUGUUUUGAAAGUGAAACAAAAAUCAACAGAGAGAUUGAUGUAAGAAUAAAUAAUAGUUCCAAAUUUUAUCAAAUUAUGAGAAGCACAAUAUGGAACAGAGUGAGCUCAAAAGAGGGAAAACAACAAUGCAUAAAACAUAUUUUAAACAAGUACUAAUACAGAAGAAAAAUCCAAGGCUUUAAGUAUGAAAUUUUUUAGGAGUGUUGAGGGUAAAAUAGAAUUAGGAUUGGAAAUGGAAACUUCAGAAAAGAGGUUGAAAUUCAGAAUUUGUUUAUAGUGCACCAGAAGAGAAAUGGUUGCAGUGCUUUAGCCACAUGGAAAGAAUUGGUGGAACAAGGAUACAUAGAAGGGCAUUAGAUUUAAAGUUUAAAGGAAAGAGGUUUGUGGGAUGGUCCAGAAAAAGAUGGUUUAGCUUGAUACUGGAAGACAUCAAGAACAUAUGAAACAGGUGGUAAGGAAGUGAGAAGGGUAGUUUUGGGGAAGAAUGAAGAGGAGGCUGAGUUUGUGCAGCAAACUGUAAAAUAGAAAUAAGAUAAAAAUUUGGGGUGAUCAGUAAUGUAGAUAGUGGAGUGAUGUAUCAUGUCAAGAUUGAGCUAAAAGCCAACCAUAAUGUAGCUGAUGUGAUCACUCAACCCAGAUAAACAUAAACUACGGUAAUCUGUAUGGGAGCUUAAGUCCAUCAUAUUAACUGAUGAGCUUUGGAUGACUCCAUCCCAGGCACUGCAGUUUGAAGUUGAUACCUUUAUUUAUCUUGAAGUGCUUCUUAACGGAGCUUAUGUCUACUCUUGUUACCAAAGCAUAUUUCUGUCAUGUGUCAUAAUUAUAUUGUAUUUUAAACAUAUAGCAAAGUAAUACCUAAUUAAUUGAUGUAUUAAAUCAUGAGAAUAAAACAAAUAUGUGAUAUUCCA